AUGGAUGUGAAGAGCACCCCGAGCUACCUGUACUGGCUCUUCUGCCAGUUUGAGCUGAUCACCUGCAGUUACCUGAUGGAGCCCUGGGAGAAGGUGCUCUUCUACUCCUUCAACCUGGCCAUGCUGGGGCUGCUGCUCUACACCACCUAUGUGUGCCUGGCUUUCCAUGCCAGCUCGGCCUUCCAGCUCCUCUGCAGCUUCCUGGGAAACCCACGGGAAAAUUCUCUCUCUGUGGUGAAGUAA